AUGGAAUUUAAAAGUUUAUUCCUGCUUUUGUUGGUGAUUGCUGGUCACGUAACGCAUGGAGGUUAUCACGUGGUUUUUACUGAAGUAUCAGAAGGUCGAUUACGUGGCAUCACCGGGAGAUCUGCUGGCGGGCGUAUGUUUUACGCCUAUAAAGGCAUACCGUACGCGAGCCCACCCGUCGGUCCACUACGCUGGCAACCACCGCAACCUCCAAAACCCUGGCAUGGAGUACGAUCAGCAACACACGAUGGUCCCGCGUGUCCCCAGUAUAUCAUCCUCACUGAGAAUUACGUUGGCGAAGAAGAUUGUUUAUAUCUGAAUGUGUACGUGCCACCAGGCGCCACCCAUGCACCUAUCAUUGUGUGGAUUCAUGGCGGUGCUUUCACUGCUGGGUCAGGGCGCCAAGAUCAUUACAACCCGGAUUUCUUACUUGAUCUUGAUGUUGUGGUGGUGACAGUCAACUACCGCCUAGGUGCACUGGGAUUUCUCAGCACAGGAGAUGAGUUACUUCCGGGGAAUUACGGACUUAAAGAUCAGGCGGCGGCGCUGCGGUGGCUGCAGCGCAACGCGCACGCCUUCGGGGGCGACCCGGGCCGCGUCACGCUGCUGGGCCAGAGCUCGGGCGCGGCGUGCGUCACCAUGCAUCUGCUGUCGCCGCAGUCGCGCGGCCUCUUCUCGGGCGUGGCUGCGCUCAGCGGCAGCGCCAUCGCCGCCUGGGCCGUGGCGCGCGUUGUGGGUUGUGCAAAGAAAGAUGGGCGGGAUGAUGAUUUCAAGACCCCACAAGAAAUGGAAAAUGAGGCGCAGUUCUAGGCUGUCGACGACGAAGACGAUGAGGACGAGGAGGACGAGUGCGGGCCGAAGGGCUGCUCCCAGCCGCUGCCCGAGACGCGCGAGCAAAUGCUGCAAUGCAUGCGACGCCUGCCGCCCUUCAUGCUGGUGCAGACCCUCUACAAGUUCCCGUGGUGGGGCCUGCGCAUGCCGGUGCCCUUCGUGGUCGCUGUGGAGAAGCAGGGAUGUGGGAGGGAGCAGCGCUUUCUGCCCGACGAGCCGCUGAAGCUGCUGCAGGAGGGGCGCGUGAACGCCGUGCCGCUCGUCACGGGUAUCACGUCGGCCGAGGGCCUGUGCGUGGCGCUCGCCACCUUCGUCAACCCGUCGCUGCGACGUCAGCUGCGCUGGCGCUUUCGACACGUGUUCGACCGCCACAUCUUGUACGGCCGCUGGUCGCAGGCGAUACAGCAGCUGACGCGCCAGAAGCCCGAGACAAUGAACGAAUUGCAGGCGGACCUGGUGAAGCUUCGGCGCUUCUACCUGGGCAGCGGGUCGCCGGCCAAGCUGCCCGACCUGAGCCUGAGCUCGCUGACGCGCCUCUUCUCCGACGGGCUGUUCACGGCCUCGCAGACGCGCUUCGCCCGCCUCUGGGCGCACGCCACCGGCAUGCCCGUCUACUUCUACGUGUUCGGCUUCGAGGGCCGCGCGGCGCAGGUGGGCCCCCACGGUGGUCGCGCGCGGUUGCCCUGGCUACGGCGGGGUGGCCAAAUGCAUUUCAGUCCUGAAGAAGGCCACGAAGGAAUGGCUUUCAAUGACGGCUGA